AGGCGCGAGAGAGGCAGCAUGCUCCGCGUCUUGCAUUUCCUGCGCGGCUUCUUCAAGAUUUCAGAGACAGCCAUACCUCUGCCAGGUGAAAGUGUGAUAGAAGAUAACCUGCUUCCAUCAUCCCCUGCAGGACCAGAGGAGCAAGGAUGGAGCCAAGAAACAGACCAUGAUGAUUUUGAGACCCUGUCCUACCAAAGUGAAAGUCAAUCAGACACAAAAAAUGACCUCUUUGACACUGCCUCUGACACAUGGUCCCCGCACAGUGAUCCCACCAGGGAAGGCUGCUUUCCUCCAAGUGCUUCCUCUAUAGACAGAGAAGCAAGCUGGGGUUGGCCUGCUGUCCCAGCACUUAGACUGUCCCAGGACCAGCCUUCCACCUGUGUCACUGGACUCAAUGCAAAGGAAGAACAAGAUAUUUCCCCUAGCUUUAAGGAAGAGUCUUACAAAAAUGAGUUGUAUACCUUAGCUGCUGUUGCUGGGGACUGUGUGACCAAGCUGGAGCAAGGAUCUGCGCUGGCCGGGUGCUCCUCACAUAGUACCUCUGGCAGGUGCAGUCCCCAACCUGCACAGAAGGUAACUGUUGAAGACCUCAGGUGGCUUACCGUGGCUUCUCUUCACAAAUCCAGGUCUGAGAGCUAUCUGGACAUUCCCGUGGCCUGGCCCUUCUCCCUCCAGUGCUGUGAACUAGGUCAGAGCUGGCCGAACAACCACAGCAGGGCCAGGCCACAAGGACUACCUCACAAAGGCUGGCUGGACCACACAGUCCCCCUGCAGACCAGAACUAAGACAAAAAGUAAUCCAGUCCCUAAAGUGGACGCAGACUCACUCUGGACCCAGACCUACUCGGGUAUCGUUUGCCAGCCUCCUCUGGGUGUAUCUUGCCUCUUACAUGCCAGAUAUCACCACAGCACCCCUGAUGAUAUUGGUGAUAAUUGCAGGGUACCCUCAGGGCAUCACUGCCAACAUAGGAGAGCACUGACCAGGGCCCAUUCCAUACCAAGGCUCCCUUUAGGCUGUCCAGGGGGUUCCGUGGGGCAGAACUGUGUGGAGUUUGGGACUCCAUUAAGGGAAAGGACAGAAACCAAACAAGAUCCAGGAACACAAAGUACACUUUCCCCUGCACCCACCCAACUGUUUCAUUUACUUUGUGCUUCACAAAGCAGGUCUCAUUCACAGGCUCAGUACAGCUCCAGUGGGUGUAGCUUGAAAAGGGCUUCUCAGGACACACCUGUAGAAGGUCUCCUCCAGGAAAACCAGCCCAGACAGGAUUCUAGGUCAUGCCCAGCUGCUUCAUGCCUGACUUCAGGCCUGGCGAGGCUUGGAAGCCCAGAGGAAGUGCCCAAGCUUGCUGAGCACAAGCCGGAACACAGCCCAGAAAGCAGGCCCCAAGAGGCCCAAGGCGCAGGCCCGACCCUGUCCCAGCAGGAAGCUGCUGUGGAGUCAAGAAAACAAACCAGUAAUUACACAUUAACGUGUCUUCUAGGUGAGAGAGGAAAGCUGUACACGAGGGCCAACUUACCAGGUCACUGUGAUGGUGGUGGGGACCAGGAGUGGAGCAGAAAUGGGCUGGGCUUCUGGGAAGCAGGUGACAGCUCAGAUGCCCCAGAGACUACCCCCAACUCCAGGGCAAUAGACACUUCGAAGAAGGCUGAAGGGGCCAUCGUGCUAGACCUCAAGUUCAGGAAAAAUGCUGAGCAGGAUCCUUCUGAAUUCCCAGCAACCACUGAGUCUCACUACAGCCCUGGGGAGGUGAUGUGUGGGAAAGGGCCCGGGGGUGGUGCCCAGCCCUUCAGCACUGGCCUGCAGUUGGAGCCCAGAGCAGGCGUGGCCCAGAGGGGCGGGUGCACGCCUAUCAUUGUAGCAGUGGAGCAGAAAGGUCUACAGGCCACCCUGAGGAGAGCGCACGCGCUUCUAGAGUCACAGACUAGUGGCUUUCUACGGGAAAGACCGACAUCUCCCGGAACUACUGGCGUCACCCCCUGCGAGUCUCCCAGAGUCUGGAAAACCUCAACUUAUGGAAGUGAUUCUGAGCCCCUCUCAGCCCCUCGCCUGGGAGAGAGCGAGGGGGUUCUUCAGCUGGUGGACCAAAGCACGGAGCACGGUGGAGUUCUGGUCUCCCGAGCUGCUUCAGAGGAGAUACUGAACCCAGAGGAGCCCCCAGAAGAGGUGCUACCUGGGGAAAGCCCGGUGGGCAGGCCUGGGGGCGCUCAGCAGGCCGAGAGCCUCCACUCUGCAGAGAGCCCGGGGUGCCCCGGGGCGAGUGUCGAUCCGGGAGACGAGGACCUCAGGGGCACGCAGGAGUCGGGGAAGCACCCCUCAUUCCUCAUGGUGACUUCUUUGAGGAAAUACAAGCUCUGGGCUGCCGGGAACCGGGGCCAGACCUCAGAGGACUGCGCCGCGGAUUCUCAGGCACCCGGAGAGCUCCACGAAGAGUGUCCCCCUUCCCCGGUUGCCUGGGCCGCUACACCCCAGCCCAGCGGGCACAGGAGCGUUUCUCCUGGGACAGCACCUCAGAGCGCAAACGAAGGGGCUUCAGGGCCAGUGGAGGGUUGGCCCGAGGGGACAUCGGGAGACCUCGGCAGCACAAUCCCGUCCUCAGAAAGCUGCAGUGCGAAGAGACUGAAGGUAAGCGAGAGAACUCUGAGGGCAAGGCUGGCCUUGGCUCAGAAGACUUUUGCGAAUCUCUUUGAGUUGAAGGUUUUAGAAAAAGAGAAUGCCGCCGACAGCUCUCAGGACUUUUUCAAGGGCGGGAAGAAGACCAGGCCGCGCCAGGGCCCCUGGCAUGCAUUUCUGAAAAAGAAAGAUGCGGGAGGCCCCAGAAGGCCCUCACUAGUGAGUCCCCUCUGCUCCAGCCCAGCAGGGACCAGUAGGGGCUCGGAGGAGUGCGCUGAGGACAAGGAGAGCUGUGUGUUCAGUGAUCACUGGAGGCCUCCGCACUGCCCUGCACCUUUGUCAUCCAGCAGUUUGGUGUUGCCAGAACCCAGGAGGAAAAGUGAACCAACCAUCAAAUGCACAGCCCCCCAGGAAGGGGGUGGGUCCUUCCUUUCCAGUAUCUUCCCUGAAAAGUCCUGGCUACAGGCUCCCACCAGCACCGGAGCCCAGCAGGUUGGCAUCAGCUGCACCUUGCCCUGCACUUCUGCCUGCUGCUUGGUCUGUGAACACCAAGCUAUGCCCUGCAGACCCCUGAGUCCCAAGCCCCAUAGUCCCCGGUCUGGUGUUCAGCUGACCAAUCUCAGCUAUCCAGGCAGGACUAGUGCCAUCUCCAUGGUUUCUCUGGGAAGCUACAGUGAAGGGAACAGCUGUUUGGAGGACCCCGGAAGGCCCAAGACUUCCAAGGUCCGAGCAAGCCUCCUGCUCUCUCUGCAGACACUAAACCAGGACAACAAGAAGGCAGAGAGCAGAAGCAGCCAGUGCCACCACAGACCAAGCACAGUGCCCUCACUUGGAGACUUUCCAAGAAGUAAGAACCAUGUGCCCUGGAAAGAACAGCCGGGUGAGAAGCCCAGUUGCUCCCAGCCAGCUCAGAAGCCACCUUCCAACCCUGAGAGGGUGACACGGACCUUCCCCUCCGUCUCUGCAAAGGAUGUCCCCAGAGAGGCCCCUUUGCAACCCAGGAGGUUCUCUCAACAUCCCCAUGUCAGUUUGGAUGACCUGCAGCUGGAGAAGAUGCAAAGAAAGAAGCUAGAAAAGCAGGUGCAGAUCCGGGAGAUGUGCCUGGAGAUAGCACAUAGGGAGGGAGUGCAGUGCUGGAGGAAGACUGUGGCCUCUCCAGAGUCUCUGCAUCUCUUGAGAAGAAGCUGUGUGCUGUCCCAGAGUGCCCCCACAGGACUGAACCACACAGACUGGCCAGAGCAUACAGCUGAUGCUGCAAUGCCAGAUGGAGCCCUGGACACAGCCAUCCGACCCGAGGAGGCUGGGAGUGAGGAGGACCUGUAUGAGGACCUGCACAGCUCUGGCUACCACUACAGCCACCCUGGAGGGGGUGGCGAACAGCUGGCUAUCAAUGAGCUGAUCAGUGAUGGCAGUGUGGUCUGUGCUGAAGCACUCUGGGACCAUGUCACCAUGGAUGACCAGGAACUGGGCUUCAAAGCUGGAGAUGUCAUCGAAGUGAUGGAUGCCACCAACAGAGAGUGGUGGUGGGGCCGUGUCGCUGACGUCGAGGGGUGGUUUCCAGCCAGCUUCGUGAGGCUGCGUGUGAACCAGGACGAGCCAGCAGAUGACACCGAGGCCCCACAGGCCAGGACCGGUGCCAUGGAGGAUGGCGGGGUGGAGGUGCAAAGCAGCAAGGACCAGAUGCGGACUAACGUCAUCAACGAGAUCCUCAGCACAGAACGGGACUACAUCAAGCACCUGCGAGACAUCUGCGAGGGCUAUAUCAGGCAGUGCCGCAAGCGCGUGGACAUGUUCAGCGAGGAGCAGCUGCACACCAUCUUUGGCAACAUCGAGGACAUCUACCGCUGCCAGAAGGCGUUCGUGAAGGCCCUGGAGCAGAGGUUCAACAGCGAGCGUCCACACCUAAGCGAGCUGGGUGCCUGCUUCCUGGAGCACCAAGCAGACUUCCAGAUCUACUCUGAAUACUGCAACAACCACCCCAAUGCCUGCAUGGAGCUCUCUCGGCUCACCAAGCUCAGCAAGUACGUGUACUUCUUCGAGGCCUGCCGGCUGCUGCAGAAAAUGAUUGACAUCUCUCUGGAUGGCUUCCUGCUGACACCCGUGCAGAAGAUUUGCAAAUACCCACUACAGCUGGCUGAGCUGCUCAAGUACACGCCACCCCAGCACAGGGACUUCAAGGAUGUUGAAGCUGCCUUGCAUGCCAUGAAGAAUGUAGCCCGGCUCAUCAACGAACGGAAACGGAGACUUGAAAACAUCGACAAGAUUGCUCAGUGGCAGAGCUCCAUAGAAGACUGGGAGGGGGAAGAUCUCUUGGUUAGGAGCUCGGAACUCAUCUACUCGGGGGAGCUGACUCGUGUUACACAGCCUCAAGCCAAGAGCCAGCAGAGAAUGUUUUUCCUCUUUGACCACCAGCUUAUCUACUGUAAGAAGGACCUGCUCCGCCGAGACAUGCUGUACUACAAGGGCAGGCUGGACAUGGAUGGCUCAGAGGUGGUGGACCUAGAGGAUGGGAAGGACCAAGAGCUCCACGUGAACAUCAAGAAUGCUUUCCGACUGCACUGCAGCACCUCUGGGGACAGCCACCUGCUGUGUACCAGGAAGCCUGAGCAGAAGCAGCGCUGGCUCAAGGCCUUUGCCAGGGAGAGGGAGCAGGUGCGCCUGGACCAGGAGACAGGUUUCUCCAUCACUGAGAUGCAGAGGAAGCAGGCCAUGCUGAAUGCCAGCAAACAGCAGGCCACAGGGAAGCCCAAAGCUGUCAGCAGGCCCUGCUACCUGACACGACAGAAGCACCCCACACUGCCCAUCAACCGGCCCCAACAGCAGGUCUCGGUACUGACAGAGCCCCGGCGGAAACCAUCCACCUUCUGGCACAGCAUCAGCAGGCUGGCGCCCUUCCGCAAAUGAGUCAACACCCACCUGACAGCACUUUGUGGAUGUGUCCACUCCUGGCCCCCAGCUUCGCCUCCCAAGGCCCACUCCACUUGGCCCUUCUCUGCCUGUUUUGCACACUGCAAGUGACCAGGGCUGAGCUUGGGGCCUGCAAAGGUGCCAGGUCUGUGCCCCAUCCUGGGUUUUGCCCUUGCUGCUGGCACAGUGAAGAGGCAGUGACGAGACCAGGUGGCAGGGGAGGCAGGGCUCCCACCCUCACCAAGCAGUACCACCUAUAGCCUGCCCACCACCCCUCCUGCUCCCACCUGCACUCGACCCUUUGGAAAUUUAAUCAGCCCUAAGUGUGUCUCUGGGCACAUCAGCCUCCCUGUGGCCACCAGCCCCCUACGUGCCCCCCUCUGCCCUCCUCCUCAGGCCCCCACCCAGUAGGUGGGGCAAAGCCACCCACCCCCUAGAGGGUAGAACCAGGAGUUCUGCACCCCAAAUGUCUGGCCCAGAGCUGCCCUUCUGCCUCCUGGCCCCUCAGAACGCUGCUGGCUACUGGAUACCUCUUCACUUGUGAUAUGGCUGUGGCAUGGGAAGAACAAGGCCAAGUCAGCACUUAAGGACAGCCAUGUUUUGUGACCAGUCCACCUACAGCUGUGAGGAGGCUACAGAAUCACUUGGUUUCUGUUUUGGAUUUUGUUGUAUUGUUUUUCUAAAAAUGGAGAAAAAUAAUUGUUGUGACACUGAAAGCCUUACCCUAGUGAGCGUGAGAAGCCAUAAGGACUGAAUUCUGUGGCCCAGGAUCCAGAACUGACCCACCCAGCCCUGGUCCUUGGGGACCUGGGGGGUGUGGCCCACACAUGGGCAUGGAGGCCACGGGACUCAGCAGCUUGGACAGUGACUGGCACUAUACCUUCUCCAGGCCAGAAACCACAUUGAUUUCAUAAAGAAACUUAUAAAAAGUAA